AUGGAAUUAGAAAUUGAGUUAUGCGAAGAUUACAAAGACAAAGCAAUCGAACUAACAUCUAAACUAGAAAGACAAAUUGAAAAUUUGAGGGAUAUUCCACAAGUAAGGACAAACAGUCCAGUUACAAAUAAUGCGGAAAAUGUUAUCCCCUUAAGAAAUCAAAGUGUUAAUUUACCGAAAUUAAAUAUACAAACUUUUGAGGGCGAUUGCAGUCAUUUUAUAGAUUUUUGGAAUUCCUUUGAAGUCGCAAUUCAUAAAAAUGAUUCAUUAACAAAAAUUGAGAAAUUUACUUAUCUAAAAACGUAUCUUCGUGGAAUUGCCUUAAAUGCUGUAUCGGGAUUUUCAUUAACUGAUCAAAAUUAUGAUGCGUCGAUACAGUUAUUAAAAGAAAGAUUUGGCCGAACAGAUAUAAUCAUAUCUUCUCACAUGCAUAAACUUUUAUUGAUUGAUCCAGUAAAAACUUGCUCAAAUGUAACAGGCUUAAGAAAAAUGUAUGAUGCAAUAGAAACCCAAAUUAGAUCGUUGCAAUCAUUAAAUGUAGCUACAGGUACCUAUAGUAACCUAUUGUGCCCUGUAAUAUUACAAAAGCUACCCGAAGAAUUAAAUUUAAACUAUAAUCGUCACCGUAGGGCAGGUGAAUUAUUUGAUAUCACUAAUUUAGUAGAAUUCUUAAGAAUAGAAGUAGAGUGCAGGGAAGCUUCUUUAUUAUUAGCAAACCCUAAAAUUUCUAAUGUAAAGGAGUAUUCAUUUAGAAGCAAACCUGAUCAAGGUUACAAAAAUAGAUAUUCUUCGCAUACGAAUGCCUUAACGACACACGCUAAUUCAUUUCACCGUAAAUCUGAAUCGAAUCGUAAAUUUAAUCCAAAAAGAAACUAUUGUCCUUCUUCCGAUGACAGAAUGAGUAAUCAAAAAUGUAUCUUUUGCACUCAAAAACACAUGAGCCAUGAUUGCUCAGUAAAUAUUAAUAAAAAGAAAAAAUCGUUAAUGGCUAAGGGAAAAUGCUUUGUAUGUUUUCAGAAUCACAUAAGAAAAUACUGCAAUAGUAACUAUCAAUGUAAGCUCUGUGGUUCUUUUUCGCAUAAUUCCUUAAUUUGCGAAGGACAGCAACUCGAUACCGUAACUAAGAAUAUUUCCCCUCCAGUCGAAGAAGGGACUUCUAUCCCCAAAGAAAAAAAUACCGCUUCUACCAUGGUAUCUUUCAGCACCGAACAAAAUAAAAGAAAAAAUAGGGUCCCUGGAUCGGUUUUAUUACAAACAUUUUCAGCUGCGGUGACCGGACGAAGGGGGAGUAGGACGCACCUGCGUUGCAUGUUGGAUUGCGGGGCCAAUAAAUCCUUCAUCUUGAGAGGGGUGGUAGAGGAAUUGGGAUUGAAAACAGUGGGCAGGGAAGUUCUAGCUAUUCACACUUUCGGAAGUAAAACCGCUGAGCGUCGUGCUUACGAUAUAGUGGAGAUUACGUUAAGGAAUGUACAACACCCGACUCGGUGUGUUAAAAUACAAGCGGUUGUUAAUGACUCGAUUACGUCGGCGAAAAUUCAUACUCCAUCGCAGUUUGUUAGAAACAUAGCGUUAGAAAAGGGAAUUGAGUUAGCAGAUGUUAGUACUUCUGAGAGGAUUGAUGUUUUGAUUGGUUCGGAUUAUAUUUCAGAGAUUUUAGGCGAAAGGAAUAUAAGGAUUAGUAAAAGAUUGAUUGCAGCUGAUAGUAUUUUCGGAUAUUUGCUACUGGGAAAAGAGAUGGGAAUUGAUUGUAAGGAGAUAUCUGCUAACCAUUUGAUCGUCGAGGGUGAGGAAUCGAGCUUUGAUAGGGUAAAAGAUUUGUGGUUAUUAGAAACGAUUGGGAUAAAUAUGGAUAAAGAAGUGUCUCUUUCAGAUAAAGAAACAUUUAAAUCGUUUCAACAAAAUACGACAUAUAAAGACAAAAGAUACGAAACUCGUUUGUUAUGGAAGGAGGAUAAUAAGGCAUUACGCAGUAAUUAUGAAAUUGCGAAACGUCGUUUAUUCGGUUUAAGCAAAACAUUAAAUAAAAACAAAGAAUUAUUUGUUAAAUACGAUGGCAUCAUUAAAGAACACUUAAGAGGAGGUAUUAUAGAACCAGUAGAUUUGAAUUUAGACCAAAAUAUAAACACAGGUUAUUUUCUUCCACAUCAUGCUGUAGUGCGAGAACGGAAGGAUAGUACAAAGGUUAGGAUUGUCUUUGACGCAUCAUCAAAGGGAAAAGGCGCGUUAUCAUUAAACGAUUGUUUAGAGAGCGGACCGAACUUAAAUCCUGAUUUACUUGAAAUCUUGUUACGGUUUAGGUUAAACAAAAUUGUAUUUAGUGCAGAUAUUCAGCGCGCUUUUUUAGAAGUAGGGAUAGCCGAGGAAGAUAGGCAGUUUUUAAAAUUCUUAUGGAUAAAAGGGGAUUGUCUUAAUCCCGGUUUCAGCCCUCACAAUAUUGAAACAUUCCAAUAUAAAAGAGUCACCUUUGGAGUGAAAUGCAGCCCAUUCUUACUUGCCGCAGUUAUUAAACUGCAUUUAGAAAAAUUCGAAAGUGAAUAUGAAGAGGCAUGUAAAAUGUUGAGCUAUUUGUACGUAGAUGACCUAGCAGCUGGCACGUCAAGCGUUUCCGAAGCUAUAAAAUUGAGCAAAGAAAUGAUUUACAUUCUAAGUCAGGCCAGCAUGAAUCUUCGAAGAUGGGCUACGAACUCCCCAAUUCUAAAUGAAGCUUGGAAACAAGCUAAUGUUGACCGUCGUGAAACAUCCGAAGAAUUAGGUGUGCCAUUAAAAAUUCUUGGACUCAUUUGGGACAAUAUCAACGAUAAAUUUACCAUAGACAUUCAUCAAAUUUCUAAGAUGAAGGAUAGUAAUCUUUCGAAGCGUUUGAUUCUGAGCAUCUGUGGGAUGCUGUUUGAUCCAUUGGGGAUGAUAACCCCUUUUACUGUCAGAAUGAAAUUGUUACUGCAGAACACCUGGGAACGGGAGCUGAAAUGGGAUGAACCACUACCACCGGACAUUCAAGAGACAUUUCUGUCAUGGCUGGAUGAGGUAAAAACUAUCCCUCAGAUUUCUUUGCCUCGUCCUUACUUCCUUGAUGCAGAGACUCCAAUGGCUGAAAUUCAUAUUUUCUCCGAUGCAAGCCCAAAGGCUUAUGGUUGUGUGGCCUACUUCAGGAAAGUGACCAACGGGAAGGUGAACUCCAGUUUCAUAGUGGCGAAAUGCCGCCUAGCUCCAUUGAAAAAACUGAGUCUGCCCAGACUCGAACUCAUGGGAGCCCUUGUUUCUGCCAGAUUAGCAGAAUACUUAAAACGAGCAUUUCCCUGGAUUACAUCUGACCACAUCUUCCUCUGGUCGGAUUCUCAAAUCACCCUUCAUUGGAUAAAAGGAGACCCUCUACUAUGGAAGGAGUUUGUGAGAAAUCGCGUACGGGAGAUCCAGGAGAAAACCAAUCGAGACCAGUGGAAUUACUGCAGAGGAAAGACGAAUCCCGCAGACAAGUUAACCCGAGGACUGUCUAUCCGAGUGUUAGCGCAAGAUGAUGUUUGGUGGCAUGGUCCAGACUGGUUGUUUAACCCAGAUCUAUGCCUUGACAACACAGUGAACAGCGAAUUCACCGAAAUUGAAGUAGCCAACGAAUUAAAGAAAGACUAUGUUUCAGCGAGCAACCUAGCAAUGACUAUAACCGGAACUAAUUGUGAUGAUUUUCUCUAUAAACUUCUCAAAAUCACAAAUGACUAUGUAAAACUGAUUUGUAUUAUUUCAUAUAUUUUAAGAUUUUCAGCUAAUUGCAGGUACCCUCAGUCAAGGACUGCAGGGCCCAUUACGGCUGGUGAAAGGAUUCAGGCAGAAAACCAAUUAAUCCGAAUGGUUCAACGUGGUAAGUUUAAGGAGGAAAUUGGGGAUUUGAAAAGAGAAACUUCAUUGAUUUUGAUGGUCCGUCCAUUUUACAAGAUAGACCAUUGUACGUCGAGUUACUAA